AGAGAGUUACUUGUUCUAAUUUUUCAUUUUUCUAAAGUCUUUCUUGUUGUUCUUUGUUUGGUGUAAUGGCUGAGAAUGAUGAUAGUGAUGCUCACUCAGCCACCCAAAGCCCUCCGCAGUCAAGCAUCACUUGUGUUAAUGUUGAGCAAGCCCCCACUGAGUCACGUCGCAGACAGGCAAUUUUGCGGAUGAUGUCUCAUCAUGCAUCUAUGUUUCGUCUUGCAAAGCACGCAUGGAUUGAGUCGAUGCGUCGUGAGAUGAAUGAAGUUAGGAUGGAGCUCCGUACUGCUGAAAGGAUGUUAAGGGUUGCGACGCUUCGCAAACGCAAGUGCCGCCGCAAGGGCGCCAACACGAAGAAAAAUCAAUGAUGAUGCAGAGAGAAUAUUAUAUAAAUUAAUUAUUUAUGUUUGUAGUCUAGAGUAAUGUGCAAGACAUCUUUCUAUGUGUGAUAUGGUUUGUGUUUUUAGUAUGUUAUUGUAUAGCAAGUAUAACAAAUCUUGCUAGUGAAGUGUGUAACUAAGUUUGAUGUGUAAACAUUGUGGUUUGUAUAUAUUGUAUAGCAAGUAUAUAUUGUGGUUUGUGUUGUU